AUGGAGUCCCACCCGGCCCAUGUCAACUUUCAGACAGACACUUUUGCUGACUAUGAACUUCUGAGAAUUGCAAUUGGGAAUGGAACUGCCAUUGGAAGAAACUCAAUUGCAUUGGGAGAUGAUACAGAUGCGAGAACAUUAGGAGUGGAAGAAAGUAGACGUGUGGGAAUAGAUGACUUGAGUUAUGACUAUGAUAAUCAUGCAUUCAUACCAAAUGAAGUUGAAGCUGCAACAUUCCAAGAUCUAUCACCCAAACAACCUAAUUCAUAUGUUCCCACUCAAGGCACGAAUGUGGAGCUUCCCUUGGAAAGCAAUGGUCAGACAAAAAGGAAUAGAACUGAGUAUGAGGGGAACACUAGCUCUUUUGAGACCAACACUCGAGCCGAUGUUCUAGAAAGAGUUUCUCUUAGCAUUGAUUCAAUUGCCACAGAUUUUCGGGGAAUCCAUAGCCUUAUGGAAAAAAAGGAAAAAGAGAGUGGUUGCUGGGAUGCUAUCAUGGAAAUCCCAAACUUAGAUAGUCAGGUUCGUUACAAGGUUGUUGAGUUGCUUAAUACUAAAGCAAAAAAAGAUAUGUUGUGGAAAAUGUCACCUCAGGAGCGCAAAGAAUGGAUAAUGUAUAAGUUGUCAUAA